CAGCUCCUAUUUUGUCCGUGAGGGGGUGCCACACUCACACAGCGGAUCCAACUCCGUCUCCCGCUGCAUGCACAUCAUCAUACCAUAUCAUACAGAGGCUACCAUUACUGCCCCAGAGCUAACAACAUACCCCUCAACAACAGCAGCAGCAGCAGCAUUUUACACACGGCGCAGUUGUUGAUGGAGGGGCUACUGGGAGGUGUUUGGGAAGGACACUAUGUUUCCCUGUGUCUCCUCCUGGUCUUCUUCUGAUCCCCCCAGCGCUCUCGGCCAUGCUCUGCCCCUUCCCUCGGUACAGCUGCCCAAUCAGCCACUUCCCGACCUGCUGCGGAGCUGUGCCGCGUUCCCUUCCCCAGUCGAGCAUCUGAGCCCCUGCAACUUCGAGAUGGAAUCCAUGAUUGUGGUGACGGAAUACGAGCCCAGCGGUAGCUCUGGGCAGGAGGGCGGAGAGGAAGAGGAAGUAGAGGACAUGGAUAGUUCGGAAACACCUGAACCGACAUCGACAAUUCCGGUUCCGCCCUUCCGCGUGGCCUCCUGCGAUCUUCUAUCCCACACGGUUGGCCGUCCGGUAGCACUUUUCCCAGAACCACAGGAGCACAGAGGAAGACUCAGCCUUUCCGACCGGAAGCUCUCGCUGCAGGAACGCUCGCAGACGCUUUCGUCGCCCUGCGGUUCACCUGGGCUCAACGGACGUUAUAUCUACCCGUCACUGCCCUAUUCGCCGAUCACCUCUCCGCACUCAUCUCCACGCCUCCCUCGAAGACCGACCGUGGAGUCUCAUCGUGUCUCCAUUACAGACCUGCAGGAUUGCGUGCAGCUCAACCAGUACAAGCUGAAAGAUGAGAUCGGAAAGGGCUCCUAUGGAGUUGUCAAGCUGGCGUACAAUGAGGAUGACAAUACCUACUAUGCCAUGAAAGUGCUGUCCAAGAAACGGCUGAUGAGACAGGCCGGGUUCCCGCGCAGACCACCUCCUCGCGGAGCAAAAUUGGCCCCUGAGGGUCCACCUCAGCCCAAAGGGCCUUUGGAGCGUGUUUACCAGGAGAUCGCUAUCCUCAAGAAACUCGAUCAUCCUAAUGUGGUCAAGCUUGUGGAGGUUCUGGAUGAUCCAGGCGAGGACCAUCUGUACAUGGUAUUCGAGCUUGUCAAGCGAGGAGCGGUGAUGGAGGUUCCUACUGAUAAGCCCCUGGAUGAGGACCAAGCACGCUUCUACUUCCAGGAUUUGCUGAGAGGAAUGGAAUACCUACAUUAUCAGAAAAUAAUUCAUCGGGACAUCAAGCCUUCCAACCUGCUCGUGGGUGAAGAUGGUCACAUUAAGAUAGCUGACUUUGGGGUCAGUAACCAGUUUGAAGGAGCUGAUGCCCUCUUGACCAGCACAGUUGGGACGCCGGCAUUCCUCGCCCCCGAAACACUCUCAGAGACCCGCAAGAACUUCUCUGGAAAGGCUCUGGAUGUAUGGGCAAUGGGAGUCACUUUACAUUGUUUCAUCUUUGGAGUGUGUCCAUUUAUGGAUGAGCGUAUUUUAAGCCUUCAUCAGAAGAUCAAGACUCAGCCGGUUGAAUUUCCAGAGAAUGCAGACAUGUCAGAUGACUUGAAGGAGCUCCUCCUCAAAAUGUUGGAUAAGAACCCUGAAAGCAGAAUAACGGUGCCACAAAUCAAGGUGCACCCGUGGGUGACGCGGCACGGUGCCGAGCCACUCCCCCCGGAGGAUGACAACUGCUGCAGCCUGAUAGAAGUGACAGAGGAGGAAGUGGAGAACUCGGUGAAGCACAUCCCCAGCCUGGCCACCGUGAUCUUGGUAAGGACUAUGCUGCGCAAGCGUUCUUUUGGGAACCCGUUUGAUUGGGGCCGCAGGGAAGACAGGAGUCCCGCUGCACCAGGACACAUGCUAUUAAAAGGGAGAGCAGGGAGUUUGAAAAACUGCCGCAAUCUCAGUACCCAAAGGAAACAAGAGAGCGAGGAAGGCAUGCGGAGCAUGGACCUGCCCUUCGUAGGCGAGGAUGAAGUUCUUUCCUGAUACUUGUGGGUGUUUCACUCGCAACGCAGCGAGGGGCCAGUUAUGGCAUCCGGAAGGAUAGGAACUCGGGGCAUGGACGGAAAUCAAACGGCCCUGUUUUCCCCUGGGUUGUUGAUGUGGAGGGUGCCCACCCACUCCAUGCAUGCAUUUGUACGGUCCUCAGCAGCAUGCAUUGUAUCUGUCCGCCCAGGUCUCUGCUCUGUCUCUCAGGACCUGCUUUUCUCUCUGUGUGUGAGCGUUUGCUUGUCUUUACACUCCUCUCUGGUAUGGAGACUCUGUUUUACUCCUCUACUUCAGCUAGGGGGCGCCACUGCAACGGGCAGAAGGUGAAACGGACUGUAAAGUCUGUUGUAUAAAUUCUAAGAAUUUCUUAGAAUUUAGGAACUGUACAGUUUCUUAGGUUUGUCCGCAUGCAGCUUGACUGCAGUGUUUACAAUUUCAGGUUAACGUAAUGAAUUGGAAAAAGAUGAAAUAGCUGACCACCUGCAAUGAUUUUCGGUUUCACAGUCCUACAAAAGCUUCCCAAACUUUGUAUGAAAUGUUACAUUUAUUAAAUAAGUGUAUAUUUUCCCUUUAAAUUCUUUAAAAUUGAUAAGGAGAUAAAUCGGGGUGAAAACUGAAAAUACAGAUAGGUUUGUUUGUGUGUGUUUGUAUCUUACAUUGCAGAGCUUUUUGUUUGUAUUAUAAUGUCUGCGUUGUAGAUAGUAGAUGGGACCAAACCUUGAACCUAUCUAUUUCUUUAUUUUUAAUACAGCAAAGCCCAAAUCUAAGAGAUGAGGGAAUUAUGGUCAUAGCAUGUUUUUCAUAUUUUUAACUUGUAGGUUAAUUGCUUAGGGCACAAGUAACCUUUAGAAAAUGCCCAAAAUGGGCAUUGCGUCGAUUUUUCAGGCAACAGUCACUGUAUUUUCACUUCAUAUGUAGAUUUACCAAAACGUAGUAGUGCAUUUCAAACGUUGUCAUUAACAGAGUGGAUUGUCAACAUUUCUAUAUCAGACACAUACGCUAAGGUUCUUGAAGAAUUUCAAUAAUUUUCUGCAAUCUAUGCAUGACUUUUCACUUAAGGAAUCAAUGUUCGUCAGUCGGUCUGUUUGGACACAAAUGUAUGCCUUACAUUUUCAUACUCGUAAGUGUAGCAUAAGUCACGUGUAGAGUUUUUUGGUACGAUAGAUUUGUAGAUAAAGUAGAAUCGGAGAUGAAAUGUUGUAAACAGGGUAGAAAAUAUUGUAACUUGUUUAAGCUCGAUUCUCAGUUCUAGUCCAAAGCCCUGUUGAGAUUUUCUCAAUGUGCACUAUGGUCAUGUAUCUGUUGUGUUUUUUAAUCUACGAUUGUUGGUUUGCUCUAAUUAGCCAUUGUUGUCUCAGUGUUGGUGCUUCUCCACCGCUGGACACUUAUGAAAUUGAAAACAUGAUUCAUGCUUCCAUGUAUCAAGAGAGUUUCUGCACAAAUAGAUUGAAUGUAUGUUGUUGUUUCACCGUAACUCUAUACGUUUGUUUUGUUUUUUUCACUUUUUUUCUUUACUGCACGUGAAACUGCUGUAUUUGAUAGUGUUUAGUUGGUUUGUAAGCUUUUAUUUACUUUGAAAUUUUAAUUUUUGUGUAGAUACUAUUGCUAUGCAUAACAAAGCUAAGUAUAUGGUGCGGUUUUGGACUGUCAGUCGGUUGGUCUUGUGUUUGUUAUAUUGGAUGUCUAAUAUUUAAAAUUAAAGGAAACCUGUGUUAUUGACAUAAAUAUGCAUGUGCACUGAUGAACAGAAGAUGGUUAUACAAGACCAGUAUAUUGGACAUUUUUACUAAUUUUGAAGACCUUUAAAUGAUAUAUUCAGGACCUGAGCACCGUUUCCCCCUUUUUAAAUAAAUGUGUACUAAGAUUAUAUAAAAAAAAUAUUGGAGAGGAAUAUAGAUAUGGAGAUUUAAAUUUGCAUAUUAGAUUAUUUAGUACAAGUCUAAUUGAUGGAGUCCAUGUGACGCAUGCUUAUUGAAAACUUUAAAUGAAGGAUGAGGCCUUCAUAACCAUUUUCUUUUGUUGCAAAUGAGGAGUUGAUUUUUUGUUUUCUGUCUACACCACUUUCUCAAAGACUGACCUUGCACAUAUUGCGUUGAAUAGAUAGACUGUAAAGGUUUAUAUUGAAUGCUGUACUGUAUAUUUAAAUAUCACAUUUAAGUAUAUUUAAAUAUUCACAGUUUCUGCCCAGUUUUUCUUUAAAGGGCUCGAUAAAUGUUUGCACCCACAUCACACAUAAGAUGGCAUUUUAAGAGGGCUGUAUACAGGGAUGUUACAUAGCUGCAUGCCAUCACUAUCACCUGAUUUCACACAGCAUGUUUGUUUUUAAGCAUGUUUGAACUCUUUCCAACAUCUGCUGAUCUCACUGCUGAACAUUCUAUAUAUUGUAUCCAGUUAAUUAUUUGAAUAAAUUAAAGUUGCCUAUACUUAUUUGUGUGUAUUGUAUUAACAUUAUGGGGACUUUGGUUGCAGCUAACAACAUUGUGCCUAAAUAUCUCUUUUUAUGUUCCACAUAUGAAAUAAGGCCUAGAUGAGGGUACGUAAAUGAUUAUAGAAUUUUAGCUUUUGGUGUACUAACCCUUUAUGAAUUUUUAAAUGUUACUCACCAUUUCACUGAUUGACCACAAGGGGGCGUCAGAUUACCGUGCAGGCGUGUACGUGCGUCUCGGAAGUGUAUACACUUUUCACAACAUAAAUAAAGGGUAUAUUUUAAAACUCAAGAUUAUGAGAAAUUUAUCAUUUACUUCAUGUCAUAUGAUGUUUUUGUGACACUAAAGAUAAAACCAAUAAAAUCCUCAAUCACGUCUCC